CAAAAUAAAAUAGAAUAAUUUCAAGUAUGCGGCAUACUCUAACUGUAGUUACUAUAGUGAAAACCACUGCCUUUCCUUUCGCUAGAGUUUUCUUCAAUGUUCUUCUAUCACCGAAAAGAAAAGCACAAGCGCACCGCUUUCUGCGCUGUUUUUCUAGAGGGGUCCUUGACCAAUGGGAAGCCAGCACGCAAAGUACACCGUGACGACAGAGACGUUGCCACGUCAAACGUUUCAGGCACGUGUCCAGUACACUCGAGAAAGUACCUCGCGCCCUAUUUCUAAGUCAUCCGGGCUUUAUCACUUCGCAAGCUAUCGCAUGCUAUCCAGUCCAAUUUUAAGAGUCUUGAAAGCAGAACAAUUCAGAAAGCAACGACAUGCAGUCAAGGUUAUUGGACACGACAGCUAGGACUUCAAUUCGUAUGUUGUCUGCAGUCUAUCGUCGUAAUCUCCAGCGACGAUUUUGCGCUGCCUCUAGCGGUCAGACCGCCGACCCCGCCAUUCAUUCUGGUGAACGAGAAGCCGGCCCUGCGGUUCACAAAGGAGAACCCCAAGGGAUUAAGAGCUCAAGAAAUACCAAAUUUGCGGAAACAGAGCACGAACCCAAAGAAGACGAGUUUCUCGAAACUCCCAAAUCUCCGUAUGAAUCUUCGGCAAAACUGAAGAGUAACGGGGUGAACCAGCGAUUGGAUCCAACGUUUCAGCAAAAGCGGAAGCAGGGAUCCAAAGCCUCUGAAGACGCGAGCUGUGCGGGUCUCGAUGGAAGCCCCUGGCCGAAGGACAGUGGAAAGGAUGAGAGGAACAGGGCGGAAAAGCUGGAGGAUGAAAGAGAAUACUAUAAACAUCACAAAGCGUCACCCUUGUCGGAAUUAGAGUUCGCAGAUUCCCGGAAGCCGUUUGCGCGGGCGACGGAUGGGACCGCCAACUCUGGAGCAGGUAGGGAUGUGAUUGGUUGGCUGCCGGAGCAGCUGGACACGGCGGAGGAGGCGCUCAGGAGGGCUACAGAGAUAUGGAGACAGAAUGCUAUGCGUGGUGACCCCGAUGCACCCCAUUCAAGGGUUCUUAGGACUCUUCGGGGCGAAGACUUUUGAGGAUGAUGGAGUGCUCCAAUGGAUGUAUAGAUGUCCUUGGUUUUAAUAUGGAAUUUUACUUCUCAUAUUGAGUGCUUUUUUUUUUCCUUUUUUUUUUUUUACCAGCAUAUUGAGUGCUUUUAUCUUCUGGUUCUGGGGGCAGAAUUAUCUUGAUGAACAAUUAAGUUAUUCGCAGUUAUUGAAGUGCCACAAACAGUUGGCAAGGAAGUGCGCGGAUUGACCGGAGAAGCCUUUCGCCAUGUUUUGCCGGCGAACACGUCAUAUAUUCUUUCUU